GUGUAAGUACACAUAAGCAGCCAAACCAGUCCCCUUGCUCCAGUCAUGUUUAAGUUACAGGUCUCUUUAAGUGCACUUUUAAAUUUAGGUUGUGGCUGCGCAGGCUAAUUAAAUGCUAGCACUCACCUUCUCAGCUGCUUCCUCUGAACAUGACUGUGAGCUGUUUAAUGGAGCUAGGUGAUCUUUAAGGUCCCCUCCAACCCAAACCAUUCAGCGAUGCUGUGAUAACACAACCUGACUGAUGAUUGUUUUUGCCUGGAGCCCAGGGGAAACACAUUCACCACUCAGUGGUUUACUUACAGCCAGGGCAUUUCGCUACAGGCAUUCAAUGGACAGAACAUCCUUCUUUUCUCUUGAGAUUAGAAAUUAUGCGAAAUACACGUGAGUUAAUAUAUUUUAGUUUAAAAUCCAUAUGUCGUGACUUUCUAGAGAUUAACUUCAGGGUCAGAGAAGAAUGUUUUCAGGUGAGCCUGAUUGGGGUUCAGCUAGCUGUGACAGAUGCAGUUCAUCUGGGGGUGGGAGGGGGAAUUGUGGAGAGGAUAAAAGAGGCUUUGGAAGGCAGUGCAGGGUUCUUUCUCUCAGGGAAGCUUUCCAGUCUUUGUCCAAGUAAUCUCCUGCUGUGCUCUGCACCGUAUUAUGCCCUCACCUAUUCCUUUUAAUCACUUUCUUCCUUUGGAGCUCUCCCCAUCUGCGGACUUGAGGCCCUGCAGCAGCCCCCUAGUUAUCCCCGGCAAAGAGGGGAAGGCCUUUUUGGGAGGAACCCCCUCGCCCAGGGUCCGCCGCUUGCCUCCGCGCCUGGCCUGGUGCUCCAUCGACUGGGACCAGCUCUGCCUCCUGCAGCCCCUGGGCUCUGGGGGCUUUGGGUCUGUCUACAAAGCCACCUACCAUGGUGCGACCGUGGCUGUGAAGCAGGUGAAGAAGAGCAGCAAAAACCGGCUGGCAUCACGGCAGAGCUUUUGGGCUGAGCUGAACGUCGCCUGGCUGCAGCACGAGAAUGUGGUGCGCGUGGUGGCUGCCAGCACGUGUGCCCCUGCCAGCCAGAACAGCCUGGGCACCAUCAUCAUGGAGUAUGUGGGCAACAUCACCCUGCACCACGUUAUUUACGGCACCGGCAAGGCGUGGAGGCAGGGGGAGGAUGAGGAAGGAGGGUGUGGCAGGAAGGCUCUGAGCAUGGAGGAGGCCGUGGGCUAUGCCUGCGACAUCGCCACGGGCCUGGCCUUCCUCCACGCGCAGGGCAUCGUGCACUUGGACCUGAAGCCUGCCAAUGUCUUCAUCACGGAGCAAGGGGUGUGCAAGAUCGGAGACUUCGGCUGCUCCCAGAAACUGGAGGACGGCUUGUCCCACAGCCCCCACGUUUCCCAGCACGGGGGCACCUACACGCACCGUGCCCCCGAGCUCCUCAAGGGCGAGAGGGUGACAGCCAAGGCGGACAUCUACUCCUUUGCCAUCACCCUCUGGCAGAUGGUCAUGCGGGAGCAGCCCUACCUGGGCGAGCGGCAGCACGUGCUCUAUGCCGUGGUGGCCUACAACCUGCGCCCUUCCCUGGCUGCUGCCGUUUUCCACGAGUUGCCCAUGGGCCAAAGGCUGAGGAGCAUUAUUAGCUGCUGCUGGAAGGCCAACGUGGAGCAGCGCCUCAGUGCUGCCCAGCUGCUGCCCAGCCUCAGGGCCCUUAAGGGGAGCCUCUAGGAAAAAACUGAAGAUGACUCUUUUUUUUAUUGGCAUCUUGUCUUUCCCUCCACCUUCCCUGCAAGCGUGAUGGGUUUAGCCCCUCUGUGAUCCAAAGACUUUGUUGCUCUUUUUAUAUUUAAAAAAAAAAAGUAAGUUUGUUAUAAGAAGAUUACAAAUAAAGACAUUUAACUAGACUUUGGGUUUUUUUAAACCAUGGAGGGGAAUAGAGAGGCAAGGAUCAAGAUAUUGGUGAAUAUGACUCUUUCCGGUUGAUCUCCGGUGCACUGCCUCAUUUAGGGGGGAAAAAAUGGGGAAUGGGACAAGCAAAAGAAAUAGUUAUUUUGAAAUAAUAAUAAUUAAAAAAAAAAAAGACUGCUUUUGGGAGGUUUUGUACCUAAUGUUUUUUGGUGUUUCCAAAUAUGAAAUAUGAAUUGUUCUUUAGACUAAUCCAGUUUUUGUACUUAAACUUUUCUUCAUAAACGAAUGCAGAGUGUCAGUGUGUGUGUUUUUUUUAUUUUUUUCCUGUUCUUAGAAGUAGUUUUGUUGUUUUUGAAUUGGAACGUGUAACCUACCCGAUCUCCCUGUUGACACAAGAGACCUUCUUGUCAUUCUAAGACUCCUGAGCGUAAGUUGAUAGACACAUUAACAACCUGUGCUUUUAUAAUCUCUCCAUGCUACCAGGUGUUUGUUGCGACUUGCUAGUUGGUAUUUUGUAAACUGCAGUAUCUGAAGUAUUACAAGAACAUCUUGUGUGGAAUAGAAAAAUCUUAGAUCUUGGAGGUAAAAUGGGAAUUAAAAAUAUAUAUGUAUGAGUUGUAAGGGAGAUACAUAGAUACAAAAAAAAAAAAAACGGAUGAGGGGAAAAAUUAUGCUCCCUUCUUAAUGGGUCAGUACCAGGUAAGAUACUGAAAGCAGUGAAAAUGAUACUUUGCCAGUGCUUGAAGUGUACAUCAUUGAACAAUUCUCUGCUCGUGACUGCACUGUUUGUCUUAUCUACUGUCUUUCCUAAUCUGGUUGUAACAUGUCUGGGAGAGGAAGUGCUCUAGGCAAUGCUAGAGACAGAGAGCUCUGAUCCUUAAUUUAUCAAAACCAAUAAUUAUAGAUCUGUCUAGAUCUCAGCCCUUGUCUGGAACUAUGAAGACCUGACUGCUGUAGCUAAUGUUGUCAUUCUGCUCAAAAACUCUACUGCUUUUUAAGACAGAGCAAGAGUGAUAUUUCGGUCAAAUGGUUUUUCUUCUUUCCCCUUCCUCCCCCUUGCUUCCAUUCUGGAAAAAAAUCCCAAAGGAAUUGAGCCAGUUUCCUGGUUUCUGACACACAUCUGUUCUCAGCCCCGUGAAAUCCUGGAAAUGAGCAACUAUGUGAAUUUGAGAUGAUUCUGUAGGUCUUUAUGGUAUUUGGGUUGUUCAUUCAUUGAAAUUAAUGUUUUAUAAAGCAUAUCUAAGCUUAACUGUUUCUUGCUCUUCUGUCCCUCUUUAGUGGAACUAUAAAAUUCCUGC